CAACACCGGCCUCCUUUUCCGGAAGUUGCGUAGCAAACAUGGCGGACAAUAAAGUAAACAGUCUUCCUGAUGCUAACAGCUCGUCGAAUAGCGGCGAUUUUUCAACAAACCCCACGUCGACACAGUCACUGGAAGAUGAAAAACAAGAGGAUAUUGUGACUGAAUACAGCCAGGACCUUAAAAGCGUCCUGGUUACCAGCGUUUUAAACCUGGAGAAGCUGGAUGUGGACUUAUACAGAGGGACACAUCAUUGGGUACCCCGCACUCAGCGCUUGUUUGGGGGUCAAAUAAUUGGUCAAGCCCUUGUUGCUGCAGCCAAAUCUGUCAGUGAUCACCUGUAUGGCCACUCUCUACACUGCUACUUUGUCAGAGCAGGGGAUCCUAAAGUUCCCGUGCUGUACCAGGUGGACCGCACGAGAGAUGGUCGCAGUUUUACAGUGCGCUCGGUGAAAGCCAUCCAGCAUGGACAACCCAUAAUGAUCUGCCAGGCGUCCUUCCAAAUGCCACAGCCAAGCCCCCUGCAGCACCAGUUCACCAUGCCGGUGGUUGUUCCGCCUGAAGAACUCCUUACGGUGGAGGAACUCAUCCAGAUUUAUCUCAGUAAACCUGACCUGGCUGAAAAUGCAAGACAAAGCCUUAGCAAACUGCUGGCAAAUGAAGUCCCCAUUGACAUCAAACCAGUCAACCCUUCACAGUUUUACAGACCUGCCGCAGAUGACCCGAAGAAAUUAUUUUGGGUGCGAGCACGUGGACACAUUGGUGAAGGCAACAUGAAGCUGCAUUGCUGCGUUGCUGCUUAUGUCUCGGAUUUUGCCUUACUGGGCAUUGCAAUUCUGCCUUAUCCAAAGUACAGGGCCAAGUUCACGGCCUCCCUGGACCACGCCAUGUGGUUCCACAACACAUUCCGCAGCGAUGAAUGGAUGUUGUAUGAGUGUGAGAGCCCAUGGGCAGGGGGCAGUAGAGGGCUGGUUCAAGGCCGUCUGUGGAGAAGAGAUGGGGUCCUGGCUGCUUCUUGUUCACAGGAGGGGGUCUUGAGACUCAAACCAGUGGCAGAGCCCAGCAAACUGUAGUUUUAUAGGUUCUCAUUUUAUUUAAAAAUAUUUUAUUGAAUUAUCUCAUCACUGGAAAUAAAUCGUUGAAAAAGGA